UUUGGUUAUGUAUAUGAGCUGGUGUCUCAGUUAUCACUUGCGGAAAUGGAUUGUAUGCCAUGCAGUGCACAGGUCCCAUAAAUUUGCUUUGCUUUGCUUUUUCACCAACUUAUGCCCCUUUUUCAACUUAAUAAUUAUAAUCUCAUUAAUUCAGAUCUAUGUUUUCAUAUAUUUUUUUUAAUUUUCGUGACAUGGUUGUUAAACAAUCAAAUGUUGUUUUUUUUGUGUGUUUUUUUUUUGUUAUUUGCUUGAAGUUCCACAAUGCUUUAAAUUUUAUGGCAAAAUUAGUAAACCAGGGGAAAGUACUCGUGCAGGAAUAUUUAUUUCUGCUGCUGAUGCUGAGCGUUGUUAAGAGUGACGCACCUUGAACAAUUUGCAGCGCGCGCACCUGUCAUUUUUCUGUAAUCGAUAAUCAGAGUGAUUGACAAGGAAAGUGGAUGUAGGGCUGAAUUUUCUUUAUUUGUAGUUUCUAAGCUAUACUUUAACCUAAUGUUUUUCCAUCGGAGUUCAGUCAGUGAAUUUCUCGGAAUGUGAAUAGGUACAAUUUUUAAAUUCGACCCAAUGUUCGGUGCAAACGGUGCCAUUUUUCUCGGAGAGUAUAAUUCAGUCUCGUGCAAUGUUCGUGCCAAUCAUGGGUUUUGGAAGUAUUCGUGAUAACAGUUUAAGCUAUUCAUUAAAGGAAUAUCUUUAUGCUUGAGUGUUUAAAAAUUAUUGUCUUCAGACCAAAUCGUCUUUAGAAACGACCCAUUAAUUAUAAUUAAUUGAUGAUGAUUUAUGUUUGUUUCAGUAUGAAAAUGUAGGAUAUAUUAGAGAUACAUUCAUGUAUGUGGAAUAAGGUUUGGGGCUUAAAUGAUUGUGAUGACAUAGCAGAGUAGUGAAGAAGUAUAUGGUAAUUUAGUAUGUCUCAUCACCACCACCGUGUGAAUUCAUUGCGAGAUAGGGAAGAACAAUAUGUGGGUCCCUACAAGCUCGAGAAAACCCUGGGAAAGGGGCAGACAGGACUUGUGAAGCUGGGCGUGCACUGUGUUACUGGAAAACGUGUAGCCAUUAAAAUUGUUAACCGAGAAAAACUCAGCGAAUCAGUAUUAAUGAAGGUUGAGAGAGAAAUAGCUAUCAUGAAGUUGAUUGAACAUCCACAUGUGUUAGGCUUGUUUGAUGUCUAUGAAAACAAAAAAUAUUUAUAUUUGGUGCUUGAACAUGUGUCUGGUGGUGAACUGUUUGACUAUCUUGUCAAAAAGGGACGCCUUACUCCCAAAGAGGCUAGGCGUUUUUUCAGACAAAUAAUUUCUGCUCUAGAUUUCUGUCACAGUCAUAAUAUAUGUCACAGAGACUUAAAGCCAGAAAACUUGUUGCUGGAUGAGAAAAAUAAUAUCAGGGUGGCAGAUUUUGGUAUGGCAUCUUUGCAAGUGGAAGGCUCAAUGCUUGAAACAAGCUGCGGGUCUCCACAUUAUGCCUGCCCAGAAGUUAUUAGGGGUGAGAAGUAUGAUGGAAGAAAGGCUGAUGUUUGGAGCAGUGGUGUUAUACUUUAUGCACUUUUAGUGGGAGCUCUCCCAUUUGAUGAUGAUAAUUUACGGCAACUGCUGGAAAAGGUGAAGAAAGGGGUAUUUCACAUUCCACAUUUUGUACCUCCAGAUUGCCAAAAUUUACUACGAGGUAUGGUAGAAGUGGAUCCUGAAAAACGUUUAACUUUAGAAGAAUUACAUCGGCAUCCCUGGGUAACAAUGGAUUGCCACGAUCACUUAGAAUUAGAAUUACCUGUUGUACAAGUUGUUCAGACAUCCAUCAUACCGACAGUAGAAGAUUUAGAUCCAGAUGUUUUGUCUACUAUGAACUCUUUACAAUGUUUUAAAGACAAAGAUAGAUUAAUACGGGAAUUGUUAAAUAGUCGGCAUAAUACAGAGAAGGUGAUAUAUUUUUUACUGUUAGACAGAAAACUCAGGAAUCCUUGUGUUGAAGACGAAAUAGAAAUACGACACAGAUCAGAAUCUGCUGAUCCACCCAGAAAGAGAAUCGAUGCAGUACAGCUCAAUGGUCAGCCAAGCAGGAAAGCUAGUCUAUCUUCUGGUAGUCAGAAUGGCUCUCCGGUCUUGAGUCCAAAACAUGCAAGAGGCACACCAUCCCACAGUCCCAGUCCAACCCCGCCAACAUCACCUAGUGUUCAGAAUACGCCUUGGAAAUCUCGACUUCAUACAAUCAAAAACAGCUUCCUCGGCUCACCAAGGUUUCAUAGAAGAAAACUACAAGGUAUACCAUAUCCAUACCAUGGGGCAAAUGGGGUUUGCGCCCUUAGGGAGCCCCUUCUACUUCCAGUGCCUACAGAAGAAUCUAUCACCAUGACACCGGACUCUUCUCCUGAAAUGACAAAGAAGUCAUGGUUUGGUUCACUGAUGGGUUCCGAGCGAGAGGAGCACCAUUUUGUGAUGGUGCGAGAUAAACCUCUGUCACAAAUCAAAGCUGACCUCAUACAUGCAUUCCUUUCUACACCAGAUCUAUGCCACAGUGUUGUAUCUACAACCACGUUCAGAGCUGAGUACCGGCGAUCCGGCAGUUCAUCUGUUUUCUCGCGUAACGUGAGAUUUCAGGUGGAUAUAACUCCAGCACACGGCACAACUCGGGAACACGAAAUCAGCAUGUACUGUCUUACAUUCACUCACAUCUCAGGACCAUCAAGAAGAUUCCGACGUGUUUGUGAACACAUACAGAACCUCAUGUUGGGUCCACGUGGAGACGCACUGAGCCAGCGGAAGAUUAGCACGGAUAGUUCCUCAUCAUAUACCUCCGAGUGUAGUGCGUCUCCAACCCACAGUAUCUCAGUGACACGUGCAGACUGUGAUGAUGAUACCCCAGUGUUUGAUAGAAUAAGUAAAACCCCUACCCCACAGAGAAGAGAUAUACCUCGAGUGAUCACAAAUGGACGAAGAGUAAUUGUAGAUCCAAGUAUCAGACGAAAGGAUAAGAUGUGACACAGGCUAUAGACCCAUCAAACACAGUCUGGUUUAUGAUCAGAUUUUGUUAAAACAUACAAUAUUGAGAUUUUGAACAACAGACUGGUGCACUUCUGUGUAGAUAUCUGGAAGAACAGACUGAUCCACUCAUACAUGUUAGAAUAGUAGACUGGCUCACAUUUACAUGGAUAUUUGGAUAUCUUAAAAAAUUAGACUGGUGCAAUUCAGCAUAGAUAUCUGGUAAAACAGACUGGUCCAUUCAUAUAUGUUAUAGUAGUAAUAGACUGGCUCACAUGAACAUGGUUUAUAUUCCCUAAGAUAUCUUUGAAAAGCAGACUGUUGCAAUUCAGCAUAGACAUCUGGUAAAACAGACUGGUCCAUUCAUAUGUUAUAGUAGUAGUAGACUGGCUCACAUGAACAUGGAUUAUAUUCCCUGAGAUAUGUUUAAAAAGUAGACUGGUGCACUUUGGAUGAAUAUUAUAAAUGGGGUAAAAUACAGACUGGUUAAGAUUGAUAUUUGUGUUCGGUUCACUUCCAUUUGGUUACCAUGGAAAACUUGACUCACAGAUAUAAGUUGGAAUGGCAGACUGAAGCACUUCAGUAUGUGAAUCUUGAACUUCUGUCGGAUUAACCAAAAAGUACACUUCAACAGGAAAAUGUUUGCUGAUGCAGAUUACAAAUUGGAAGGGUGUAUUAAAAUGUAAAGCUAGAUACUUAAUUAUUUCAUGCCAAGUGCAAAGAAAUGUAACACAGCUAAAUUUUAAAAUGUAUGGAAAGACUGUUAUUGAGUGGAGAAGCAGAACAUUUUUAGGGUUGUUUAUUGCAGCUGGCACAGUCUUAAUGGGGAACUGUGUCAAAACUUAAUAAAUUUUAAAGUUUCAUGCAAUGACUGCUAGAGGGUAAUAAAUGAAGCUCAGAGUGCUUUGAUCAGAGAGAAAAACAUUGAAAAACAAGAACUUGAAUGGUUUUGUGAUUUGUGUACAAUGCACCAACAACAUGUGAAGUAAGCAAGGGACAUAAAAUCUUUCAAUUUAUGUUGGAUUACACAAUUAUGUAGAUGGAAUGAUGUAUGCAUGAUUAUAAAACACUUGAAUUAAUUGGCUGACUGAAUGUGUAGGACAAUUCAGUAUUAUAUACAUAAAUUAUGUAGUUAUAUAUGUAUCAAAGAAAAUCAUUGUAUCGAAGUUAAUUGGACAUUGUUUCAUCCAUUGUUCUGUUUGGGUGAUACUGUUUGUUUGUUUUUGGUUUAACGCCGUAACUUUUUCAGCAGUAUUUCAGUUAUGUAACAGUUAUUGUAACAGGACUUUAAUCUACAAUGUUGUGAUCGAUUCAAGUGGAUUUUGCCACACCUAGAUCCUAGAGGCUGCUUGCUAGAUCCUAGGGGCUGUUUGCUAGAUCCUAGGGGCUGCUUGUGUUGGGUGUGAUACGGUCGGGCAAAAUCCAUGAGAGUCAAAGGCAUCACUCUGAUCAAGGCACAGCUGUAAUGGCCCUUUUAUUAGCUCAACUGUCACAUAGUGAUAGGGUGAGCUUUUGUGAUCACCCUUCAUCUGUCGUCUGUUUGUCCACAGUUUUUGUUAACACAAUAGAGACCACAUUUUACAAUUAAUUUUAAUAAAACUUGCACACAACUUGUAUUGGCUUAAUAUCUCGUUUCCUUUUGAAAACAGGUCAGAUCUCAUCAUGGCGUCAAGAUUUAUGGCCCCUUAAAGGGCCAAAAUUUGCUAUUUUUGGCUUGUGAACAUGAUAGAGACCACAUUUUGCAAUCAACUGUAAUUAAACUUGCACACAACUUGUUUUGGCAUAAUAUCUUGGUUCCUUUCAAAAACAGGCUGGAUCCCAUCAUGGGUUCAAGAGUUAUGGCCCCUUAAAGGGCCAAAAUUUGCUAUUUUGGCCUGUGAACAUGAUAGAGACCACAUUUUGCUAUUGAUUUUAAUCAAACUUGCACACAACUUGUAUUUGCAUAAUAUCUUGGUUCUUUUUGAAACUGGCCAGAUCCCAUCAUGGGUUCCAGAGUUACGGCCCCUUAAAAAUUGCUAUUUUAGCAUUGCAGCCAUAUAGAGACUUCAUUUAUGGUUUGAUUUGAAACAAACUUGCAAAAUAUCUUUAACAACAAUAGAUCUUGGAUUCCAUGAUGAGACUGGCAGAUCCAAGCAUAGGUUCAGAAGAUACAGCCUCUGAAAGAACAAAAAAAUUUUGAUUUUACCUUGUGAACACGAUAGAAGUGAUAUUUUACAUUCCAAUGUAAUUUUAACUCCACUUACAACUUAAGUCACAAUAGUAUUUCGGUUUCUUUCAAAAACUGUCUAGAUUCCGUCAUGGGUUCUAGAGUUACUGCCCUUAAAAGUGGAAAAAAAUUUCUAUAUUGGCCCUUUCAGCCAUAUAAAGAUUUUGUUUAUGCUUUGAUUUAAAAUCAAAGGAUAAGCAUGUUUACAUUCUAGGGGACACAUUUUUAAUACAAAUGUACUAUCUUUAUUAAACUUGGUCAGAAUGUUUGUUAUCAUAAAGUCUUGGAUGAUCGAAUGAUCAAUAUCUUGAAGUUUGAUUCUUGGUCAUGUGGGGUAACAAAUUAGGUCACUAGGUAAAAUCAAAGAAAAUGCUUGUGUACACUCAAGAGGCCACAUUUUGGCCCAAUCUUGAUGAAAAUUGGUCAGAGUAUUUGUCUCCAUGAAAUCACUAGGUAAACCUGUUCACAUUGUUAUGGUGUGUUACUCAGAUGAGCAACCUUGGGCCAUCUUGGCCCUUUUGUUAUAUACAGAUACCUACUUCUAGUACUAUAUCAUCUGGAACUGAAACCAGUUUGAAACUGAACUAUUUGGUGUACGUAAAAUCGAGACCCCAUCAUAUUAACUUCAUUUUGGACAUCUUAGUUGAUGUCAACUGGAGCAAAUAGUCCAGCCAUUUGAAUAUAUUCACUUACCUGAUGGAAGUUGAAUACAAGCUGUAUUAUAGAAAGAAAAUACGUUGGUGUGUCAGAAAUUAACAUAACUGUGCAAUAUUAAAAAUAAAGUUGUGCAAUAUAGGCUAUAUUUAUUCCAAGCUGGAAAUGUGCAAUUUAGAAUAUUUGUAUUUAUACUUUGUAUUGUUGUGAAAUACAUGCUGCAUGAAUUACAUAUUAUGAGCUGCGCCAUGAGAAAAGCAUCUGCUCAGAUUGGUCAGGAUCCAUGCUGUUCACUUUCAAAGCCUGUUGCAAUUAGAGAAACCGUUAGUGGCCAGUGUGGAUCCGAACAGACUACGCAGAUGAGCAGGCUGGUCUUGAUCCAUGCCGGUAGCAAAGCCACUGUGUUGGUUUUCUCAUGGCUUGGUUCAUAUGCUGACACAAAAUUCAGAAGUGCAAAGUUAACUUUAUUUAUUACACAGUUAUUACUUUAUUUAUUAUCAUAUGUUAUUUAUUGGGAAGAUGCAAUAUGAUUUAAUUUAUUUUUAGCUCCACUAUUCAGAAAAUAUGGGUGCUAUUCUACUGGCGUCGGCUAAGCUUUGAAAUUUUUUGUUAAAGUUUUUCAGCAACCUUUGUUUUUCUUCGUAACUAUGGCUUAUAUCUUACUGUAAAUUCACAUUAACAUUGUUCAGCAUGCAAACAAAGCAUUUGCAGGGGCUGCACCCAUUAUACCCAAGGUCAAGGUCACCAAGGUGUUAUACUUUAUUGGUUAUUUUUUAUGUUAAAGUUUUUCGGCAACCUUUGUUUUUCUGUCAUAUCUUUGUUACUAUUGCUUAUAUCUUACUGUAACUUCACAUUUACAUUGUCCAGCAUACAAACAAAGCAUGUGCAGGGGAUGGGCCCAUUAUACAGAAGGUCAAGGUCACCAAGGUGUUAUAUUUAGGUUAUUUUUAAUGUUAAAGUUUUUUGGCAACCUUUGUUUUUCUGUCAUAUCUUUGUUACUAUUGCUUAUGUUUUACUGUAACUUCACAUGAACAUAUAUGAAAAUAUCUUCCUUUUAAAGUAGAGGUCUCUUUUUGAGACAUAAAUUCAUUUUACUGUCAAAUUGCCGAAUAUUGGAGAACGCUGUCUUACGGACAGCUCUUGUUAUUACUCCAUGCUGAAAAAAGCAUAUUUUCUGUCUUAAGUUAAAGAUAUUUAAACUUUAUUUGUUAGUUUUCUUGUAGGGAUACUAUAUCACCAAACUUUCCUGGUUUUUCACGAAUAAUUGAUGGUUAGUUUUCAUGAAAUUCACAAAAGAUAUACAUUUCCAAAAAAGGUUGUAAGUGUGCAGAUAUAUAUGUCAAUACUUGAUCAAUAUCAGAAUGCAUGAAGAGCUGAAUUGUUUUUUUUUUAAGCAGUUUAUACAACAUUGAGUCUAUUCAAGAUUUUUGUAAUAAAUGCUUAAUGCAUAUUUUUAGUUCACCUGAACUUUGUUCAGGAUGAGCUUUUAGUGUAGGUGGAUAGUCGGUCGUCCGUGAUCAAUGUUUUUACUUAAACAUCUUCUUCUCUGAAACUGCUGGUCAGAAUUACACCAAAUUUUGUCAGUAGCGUCCUUGUGUGGACUUCUGUCAAGUUGGUUUACAUUGGCUCCUUUUAAGGGCCGCCAGAGCCAAAAACAGAAAAAAAACUUUAAAGAACUUCUACUUGUGAACCAUUUGAUUGAUCUUCAAACCUUAUCGGUAGCAUCAUUACAAGGUCUUCUCCCAAAUUUGACCAAGUGAGGACAUUUGGCCCCCGUUUUGGGCCACUGAAGCUAAAAAUAGAAAUACCUUUAAAAUACUUUUUCUCAUGAAUUUUGAAGGAUCUUCAUCAAACUUGGUCUGUAGGAUUAUUAUAUUGUUCUCUCCCAAUUUGAUAUAAAUGGGGGCACUCGGCCCCUUGUAGUGGCCAUUAGAGCUAAAAUUAGAAAUACUGUUAAACAUCUUUUUCUCAUGAACUUUUGGAAGGAUCUUCAUUAAACAUGGUUUAUAGCAUUAUAAAAUCGUCUCUCAAUUUGCUGAAUUAUGGGCAGUCGGUCCCUUGUAAGGGCUGCUAGGACUAAAAAUAAAAAUAGCUUUUAAAAAUUACUGCUUUUGAACUGCUUUAUGGAUCUUCAUCAAACUUGGUUAGUAGCAUUAUUAUAAGGUCAUCUCCCAAAAUUUGUUCAAUCAGUGGGAGAGUAGCCCCUUUUAAAUAGAAAUACAUUUAAAUGACUUCUUCUCAUGAAUUGCUUGAUGGGUCUUCAUCAAACCUUGUCUGGAGCAUCAUUAUAAGGUCCUUUACCAUGUUUGUUUAAUUGGGAGCUUUUGGUCCCUUUUAGGGACAACUGGAGCUUGAAAUAGAAAUAACUUUAAAGUUCCUGAUCUGCUUGAUGGAUCUGCAUCUAACAUGGUCUGUAAUACCAUUAUAAGGUCUUAUGCCAAAUUGGUUCAAAUGGGGACACUGGCCGUUUUAUAGGAACCACUAUCGUUAAAAUAGAAAUACUUUUGAAUGAUUUCUUCUGAUGGUUAGUGCAUGACACUAAGCAUGCAAAAUACUCAUUUAUAGAGAAAUCUUUUAAUAAGUUUUGUUUUAAUGAACAGCUUAAAGGAUUUUUACGAAACCUAGUGAGAAGCAAAGUCAGAUGAUUGAGGUUUUCUUCAGGUGAGCAAAUCAGGCCCAGUUGGGCUUCUUGUUAAAAAUCUUUAAGGAAUGAAGUAUGAAUGGAUUGACUUCAUUAAAUCCCCCCAGUCAUGUAAUUCUUAAAGUCAAGUUCCUGACAUUUUACACCUGUGAUGGGGAUAUAUUUGGUCUACUGAAAGGUUGACAGUUCCAUUUUCUAGUUAUACCCUCACAAAGAAAUUUGGGGGAUAUAUAGGAGUGACCAUGUAGAUUAAGUUCGACUGUGAGGUCAGAAGGUCAAGGUCACAAUGACCCGGAACAGUUAAACAGUUUUCAGAUGAUAACUUGAGAACAUUGGGGCCUAGGAUCAUAAAUUUUGGUACACAGGUGUAACAUCAUAAAAUACAGAUCAAGUUUGAUUUGACGUCAAUAGGUCAGAGGUCAAGGUCACAAUGACCUGAACCAGUUAAAUAGUUUCUGGAAGAUAACUUGAGAAUGCUUGGGCCUAGGAUCAUAAAGUUUGGAACACAGGUGUAACAUCAUUAAAUACAGGUCAAGUUCGACUUUGAGGUCAAAGGUCAAGGUCACAAGGAACCAGAACAGUUAAAGUUGAGCACACUUGGGCCCAGAAUCCUGAAAGUGGAUAAGGAAGUUGGUCAUGACCAGUAGAUGACCCCUAUUGAUUUUAGGUCAGUAGGUCAAAGGUCAAGGUCACAGUUACCCGGAAAUGUUAAACCAUUUCUAGACAAUAACUUCAGAACACUUGGGCGUAGGAUCAUGAAAGUUGAUAGGAAGGUUGGUCAUGACCAGCAGAUGACCCCUAUUGAUUUUGAGGUCAGUAGGUUUUAUUUACACAGAAUGAUAUAACUUUUUUUGCAGGAUUGACAGAUUUAAGUAAUUUUUGAUGCACCGGUGUAACAUCAUCAAAUAGAGAACGAGUUCGACUUUGACAUUGGCUUACUUCUGUGACAAGGCUGUAUUGUGGGGGUAUAAACCAUCACUCCAGUGACAGCUGUAGUUGAAAGUGGUUUUAAAUGUAUGAGAAUUAUCAAUAGAUACAGGACAUAGAAGGUUCACUGGGUGGCUGUUGUCUUUUUGUCUUACUUGUGAUUCCUCAGAGAUGAUAUUUUUUCUUUACUAGGAUUCUGUACCAAAUUUGGACCAAAUCAUCUUAUACAAAACAGAAACCAAUAAUACCUCUGCCAGUAUCAAGCUAUGUUACCAAGUUAACCCUUACCAUGCUAAAUUUCUAUAAUGAACUUGUCCAUCUUUCAGUUUGGACAGGACCAUUAACUGUUAAAAGGGGUGCUUACCAAAAAGAUACUGACUGAAUAGCGAACAGUGCAGGUCAUGAUCAGACUGCACAUCCAUGCAGUAUGAUCAUGAUCUACACUGGUCACAAAGGCAGAAUCAGUCGUGUCCAGCAUGAGAAGGGUUAACAUAGAAAAUUAAUUAAAUUCCCAGUUCUAAAUUGAAAACAAUAUACUCAGGUCUAAUUUAUCUAGACAAAUACAGGUGUUUUACUAAGAUUUCAUUGGGCCUACAGUUUACUAGCAGUGAUUGGAAAUUGCUGUAGUUUUAGCAAGGAAUAAACAAAUAAGGAAUUAGUAUAAAAAUAAUUAAAUGACCAAUGUUUCAGUACCUCAUAUAUAUUUAGUUAUACAUGAAUUAUUAUGUAUUCAAUGUGUUAUAUGAUUUCUUGUUUGUUUUAGUUAAUCAUCUUGAUACAUUUUCAUUUUUUGCUUGUUCAGGAAGUGUUUGUUCAUACAUGUUCAGAACAUUACUGCUUCUGGUAAGAGAAACAUAGUUUCACUUCAUAGACUGCUUGUUUAAAAUCUAAGAAAAAUGAGUCCGUUGAAAUGAAUAUUUAAUAUUUCUGUUGUUGUUUUUUUGUACCAUUUUUAGCUCACCUGUCACAAAGUGACAAGGUGAGCUUUUGUGAUAGCGCGGUGUCCGUCGUCCGUUGUCCGUCCGUGCGUCCGUAAACUUUUGCUUGUGACCACUCUAGAGGUCACAUUUUUCAUGGGAUCUUUAUGAAAGUUGGUCAGAAUGUUCAUCUUGAUGAUAUCUAGGUCAAGUUCGAAACUGGGUCACGUGCCAUCAAAAACUAGGUCAGUAGGUCUAAAAAUAGAAAAACCUUUUGACCUCUCUAGAGGCCAUAUAUUUCACAAGAUCUUCAUGAAAAUUGGUCAGAAUGUUCACCUUGAUGAUAUCUAGGUCAAGUUCGAAACUGGGUCACGUUGGGUCAAAAGUUAGGUCAGUAGGUCUAAAAAUAGAAAAACCUUGUGACCUCUCUAGAGGCCAUAUUUUUCAUGAGAUCUUCAUGAAUAUUGGUCAGAAUGUUUAUCUUGAUGAUAUCUAGGUCAAGUUCGAAACUGGGUCACGUAGGGUCAAAAACUAGGUCAUUAGGUCUAAAAAUAGAAAAACCUUGUGACCUCUCUAGAGGCCAUAUUUCUCAAUGCAUCUUCAUGAAAAUUGGUCAGAAUGUUCAUCUUGAUGAUAUCUAGGUCAAGUUCGAAACUGGGUCACGUGGGGUUAAAAACUAGGUCAGUAGAUCUAAAAAUAGAAAAACCUUGUGACCUCUCUAGAGGCCAUAUUUUUCAUGAGAUCUUCAUGAAUAUUGGUCAGAAUGUUCACCUUGAUGAUAUCUAGGUCAAGUUCGAAACUGGGUCAUGUGGGAUCAAAAACAAGGUCAGUAGAUCUAAAAAUAGAAAAACCUUGUGACCUCUCUAGUGGCCAUAUUUCUCAAUGGAUCUUCAUGAAAAUUGGUCAGAAUGUUCACAUUGAUGAUAUCUAGGUCAAGUUCGAAACUGGGUCAUGUGCGGUCAAAAACUAGGUCAGUAGGUCUAAAAAUCGGAAAACCUUGUGACGUCUCUAGAGGCAAUAUUUUUCAAUGGAUCUUCAUGAAAAUUGGUCAGAAUGUUUACCUUGAUGAUAUCUAGGUCAGGUUCGAAACUGGGUCACGUGGGGUUAAAAACUAGGUCAGUAGAUCUAAAAAUAGAAAAACCUUGUGACCUCUCUAGAGGCCAUAUUUUCAUGAGAUCUUCAUGAAUAUUGGUCAGAAUGUUCAUCUUGAUGAUAUCUAAGUCAGAUUCGAAACUGGGUCACGUGGGGUCAAAAACUAGGUCAGUAGGUCUAAAAAUAGAAAAACCUUGUGACCUCUCUAGAGGCCAUAUUUCUCAAUGGAUCUUCAUGAAAAUUGGUGAGAAUUUUCAGCUUGAUGAUAUCUAGAUCAGGUUCGUAACUGGGUCAUGUGCGGUCAAAAACUAGGUCAUUAGGUCGAAAAAUAGAAAAACCUUGUGACCUUUCUAGAGGCCAUAUUUUUCACGAGAUCUUCAUGAAAAUUGGUGAGAAUGUUCACCUUGAUGAUAUCUAGGUCAAGUUUAAAAGUGGGUCACGUGCCUUCAAAAACUAGGUCAUUAGGUCAAAUAAUAGAAAAACCUUGUGACCUCUCUAGAGGCCAUAUUUUUCAAUGGAUCUUCAUGAAAAUUGGUCAGAAUUUUUUAUCUUGAUGAUAUCUAGGUCACAUGUGCUCAAAAACUAGGUCACUAUGUCAAAAAAUAGAAAUAACGAUGUCAUACUCAGUUGAACACUGGGUCAUGUGGAGAUAGGUGAGCGAUUCAGGACCAUCAUGGUCCUCUUGUUUAUCUGUGUGAUCUAAAUAGUUAUUACUAGGAUAUUUACUGCUAAAGUGAGCAUGUUUAUUGUAAAAUUGCUAUGCGGUUCUCUAACAGGAAGAGGCAAGUACUUGAAAUGCAGCUCAUUGAUUGGUCAGUCUAAAUUUCUGAUUCAUGUUGGAAUUCUUAUAUACUGUAGAAAUAAUUAUUUUAUAAAAGCAAUAUUAAACCAACUGCUUCAAGUUGUACUCGAUUUCAUUGCUCAAAACACUUAUUAAGUUAUAAACAAAAAUCCACCAAUUAACACUAGUGAUUCUUAAAAAGGCUAUUUCUAUUUUUAUGUUUGCUCUUUAUUACAUGUUUUUAAUGGAGUUGUGAAAUGUCAGAAAGAUUUUUGUCCCCUUGCUUUAUAAUUCUUGUAUUAGAACUGAAGGCUACAAAUUGUAUACAGUCUGACAUGUUUAUAGUAGUUACAGAAUGAAUGGAACUGGAAGUAACCACUAGAUACAAGUGAAUAUGACAGCUAUGUUGUUUAAGUGAUAAUAAUGUCUCCCAUGUGUGGUGGGGGAGACAUAUUUGUUUUAGUUCUGUCCAGCUGUCUGCCAUAAAGUUUCUUCACACAACUCCACCUGACUGAACAUGUUAAAGCAAAUUUCAGCAGACAUAUAUAAAGGUGAACUUCCUAAGCAUGAUCACAAGGGGGCCUCUGUGGCCGAGUGUUAAAUGACCCUGAUUUCAAAUCACUUGCCUCUCAUCGAUGUUGGGGGCGUUGAAUUCUUCAUGUGAGGAAGCUAUCUAGCUGGCUUAUGGAAAGUCAGUGGUUCUACCUAGGACCCGGCCCAUGGUGAAAUAAUGCACAGAGAGGCACCUGGGUCUUCCUCCACCGUCAAAUCUGGAAAGUCAACGUAUGACCUAUAAUUGUGCCGGUGCCAACAAAGAGAACAACAACAAAAAUAAGCAUGAUCAUGCUAUAAACAGGAGAACACUAAUUCAUGUUAGACUGUAUAUAAUAUAGCCUUAUCCAGAAUUUCACUGUUAUCAUUUAGGAUAUAAAUGAUUUUGUUAACUGUUACAGUUUGUGUGCCAGUCAUCUUAUAUGUGUUCAAGUUGUGUACCAGUCAUGCAUGAUUUUAGCUCACCUGUCACAUAGUGACAGGGUGAGCUUUUGUGAUCACAUUGUGUCUGUCCGUCCAUCCAUCUGUCUUUCAUUCACAAUUUCUUUUCAACACUAUAUGAACCACAUUUUGCAACUGGUUUUUAUCAAACUUGCAGACACACUUGUAUUGACAUAUUAUCUCGGUUCCUUUUGAAAACUGGCCAGAUCUCAUGAGUUAUGGCCCCUUAAAGGACCAAACUUUGCUAUUUUUUGCUUAUGAACACAAUAGAGACCACAUUGUGCUAUUGAUUUUGAUAAAACUUGCACACAACUUGUAUUGGCAUAAUAUAUCGGUACCUGUUAAAAACUAGCCAGAUCCCAUCAUGGGUUCUUGAGUUAUGGCCCCUUAAAGAACCAAAUUUUGCUAUUUUUGGCUUGUGAACAAAAUAGAGACCAUAUAUUGCAAUUGAUUUUGAUAAAAUGCGCACACAACUUGUAGUAUUGACAUAAAAUCUCAGUUCCUUUUGAAAACUGGCCAGAUCCCAUCAUGGGUUUCAGAGUUAUGACUCCUUAAAAGGCGAAAAUUUGCUAUUUUUUAACUUUGAACACGAUAAGAGUCUGCAUUUUGCAAUGAUUUUAACAAAACAUGACACAACUUGUAUUGGCAUAAUAUCUCGGUUCCUUUUGAAAACUGUCCAGAUCCCACCAUGGAUUCCAGAGUUAUGGCCCCUUAGAGGGCCAAAAAUUGCUAUUUUGGCUUUUGCAGUCAUAUAGAGACUUCGUUUAUGUAUUGAUUUAAUACAAACUUGCAACAUAUCUUAAGCAACAAUAGAUCUUUGAUUCCACGAUGAAAGAGCCAAAACCUGUUAAUUUUACCUUGUGAACAUGAUAGAAGUGACAUUUUACAUUGGAUUUUAACCACACUUAGACACAGCUUAAGUCACAAUAAUAUCUAUGUUCCUUUCGAAAACAGGCUAGAUUCCCUCGUGGGUUCUAGAGUUAUUGUCCCUGAAUGGGGAAAAAUUUCUAUAUUGGCCCUUGUAGCCAUAUAGAGGUUGAAUUUAUGCUUUGAUUUGAUACAAACUUGCACAGAAUGUUUAUUUUGAUGAUCUCUAGGCCAAGGUCGAAACUGGGUCAUGUGGGGUCAAUGACUAGGUCACCAGGUUAAAUCAAACGAAAAUCUUGUUAAAACCCUAGAGGCCAUAUUUAUGAACCUUUUUUUUUCA